GUCCCGCCCCCGUCACGUGGGCUCCAGACCCGGCCGCUGCCGCUCCGUCCGCUGGUUGGUCGGUCAGUUGGUCGGUGGGUCAGUGGCCUGCAGCUCGUUUCCCGGCUCUCAUGUUCGGAGGUGGGAGGGACACGGGAGCGUCCCGCGCACCUGAGCCGCCCGGAGAGGAGCCCCGCACCCAGGAGAAGGAGGAGACCGAGAGGAAAGGAGUCAUGGCUUCGGAUGCCAGUCAUGCUCUGGAAGCUGCUCUGGAGCAAAUGGACGGGAUCAUCGCAGGCGCUAAAACAGGUGCCGAUAUCCGUGACGGGAGCUGUGAGCCUGCACUGGCCUCCCCGGUCUCCCACACGAACCCCUUUCCAGUGCUCCAUCUCGUUGAGGACUUGAGACUGGCCCUGGAGAUGCUGGAGCAGCCUCAGGAGAGAGCAGCCCUCCUGAGCCAGAUCCCGGGCCCCACAGCUGCCUACAUAAAGGAGAGCUUGUCUCAGGUAAAUCACCAAGGUGCUGCUAGUAAUGAAACGUACCAGGAACGCUUGGCACGUCUAGAAGGAGAUAAGGAGUCCCUCAUUUUACAGGUGAGUGUCCUCACAGACCAAGUGGAAGCCCAGGGAGAGAAGAUUCGGGACCUGGAAGUGUGUCUGGAAGGACACCAGGUGAAACUCAAUGCCGCUGAAGAGAUGCUUCAACAGGAGCUGCUAAGCCGCACAUCUCUUGAGACCCAGAAGCUCGACCUGAUGACUGAAGUUUCGGAGCUGAAGCUCAAGCUGGUUGGCAUGGAAAAGGAGCAGAGAGAGCAGGAGGAGAAGCAGAGAAAAGCAGAGGAGUUACUGCAAGAGCUCAAGCACCUCAAAAUCAAGGUGGAAGAGUUGGAGAAUGAACGGAAUCAGUAUGAGUGGAAGCUGAAGGCCACUAAGGCUGAGGUCGCCCAGCUGCAAGAGCAGGUGGCCCUGAAGGAUGCAGAAAUUGAGCGUCUGCACAGCCAGCUCUCCCGGACUGCAGCCCUCCACAGUGACCAUGCAGAGAAAGACCAAGAAAUUCAACAUCUGAAAAUGGGGAUGGAAACUUUGCUUGCUGCCAAUGAGGAUAAGGACCGUCGGAUACAGGAGCUCACAGGGCUGCUAAACCAGUACCGACGGGUGAAGGAGAUGAUGAUGGCAACUCAAGGGCCUUCCGAAAGAACUCUCUCAAUCAAUGAAGAAGAACUUGAGGGAAGUUUCAGAAAGUGGAACCCUGCGAAUAAAGGCCCUGAAGAAUUACUUAAACCAGAGAUGCCUCCAAGAUGUAGCUCUCCCACCAUGGGGCCACCUCCACUACCACAGAAAUCACUGGAAACCAGAGCUCAGAAAAAACUCUCGUGUAGCCUAGAAGACUUGAGAAGUGAACCUGUGGACAAGUGUGUCAAUGGGAACCAGCUCCCAGGGGUAGAAGCCAAGGACAGCCCUUUCCUGGUGGAGCACAAAUACCCCACGUUCCCUGGGAAGCUUUCAGGAGCUACGCCCAAUGGAGCGGCUGCCAAGUCGACUCCCACUGCCCCCCAACUGGAGCCCACAGGGAGCAGCCUGCCGAGGCUGAGAGACACGGAAAGUGGUUGGGACGACACUGUCGUGGCCAACGACCUCUCAUCCACGUCAUCGGGCACUGACUCAAGCCCCCAGUCUCCCCUGACGCCAGAUGGUAAACGGAGCCCCAAAGGCAUCAGGAAGUUCUGGGGAAAGAUCCGAAGAACUCAGUCCGGGAACUUUAACACCGAUGCCCCAGGGAUGGCAGAAUUUCGACGAGGUGGGCUCCGGGCAACUGCAGGGCCGAGGCUCUCCAGGACCAGAGACCCCAAGGGUCAGAAAUGUGACGCCAGUGCCCCCUUUGCCCAGUGGAGCACCGAGCGCGUGUGUGCGUGGCUGGAGGACUUCGGUCUGGGCCAGUACGUGAUCUUCGCCCGGCAGUGGGUGACUUCUGGCCACACUUUACUGUCAGCUACCCCUCAGGACAUGGAAAAGGAGUUGGGAAUUAAGCAGCCUCUGCACAGGAAGAAGCUGAUUUUAGCUGUGAAAGCCAUCAACACCAAGCAGGAAGAGAAGUCUGCCCUGCUGGACCACAUCUGGGUGACACGUUGGCUUGAUGAUAUUGGCUUACCGCAAUACAAAGACCAGUUUCAUGAGUCCAGAGUCGAUGGGCGAAUGCUACAGUACCUAACUGUGAAUGAUCUCCUCUUCUUAAAAGUUACCAGCCAACUACAUCAUCUCAGCAUCAAAUGUGCCAUUCAUGUGCUGCACGUCAACAACUUCAACCCCCACUGCCUGCACCGGCGGCCAGCUGAUGAGAGUAACCUUUCUCCUUCAGAAGUUGUGCAGUGGUCCAACCACAGGGUGAUGGAAUGGUUGCGAUCUGUGGACCUGGCGGAGUACGCACCCAACCUUCGUGGGAGUGGUGUCCACGGAGGCCUCAUCAUCCUGGAGCCACGCUUCACUGGGGACACCCUAGCUAUGCUUCUCAAUAUUCCACCACAAAAGACGCUCCUCAGACGCCACCUAACCACCAAAUUCAGUGCCCUGAUUGGUCCUGAGGCUGAGCAAGAAAAGCGAGAGAAAAUAGCCUCACCAGCGUACACGCCACUGACCACCACAGCCAAAGUGCGGCCAAGGAAACUAGGAUUUUCGCAUUUUGGAAACAUAAGAAAAAAGAAAUUUGAUGAGUCGACAGACUACAUUUGCCCCAUGGAGCCCAGUGACAGUGUUGGUGACAGUCACAGGGCCUACAGUGGCUACCGGGGCCUCAGCCCCCUCGAUGCCCCUGAACUGGACAGGCUGGACCAGGUGGGACAGAUUAGCUGAUGGCCUUGUUAUCUGUCCUCUCUGCACCCCGAGAGCUUCACCGUAACACUGCGUGUGUCCCCAUAGAGCUGUACCUCACCACCCGCCCCUGUGCAUGCCUCGCAGAACAUUCCGGCUGCUGUGUACCCCAGGCCAGUCUCUCUCUGAACUCUGGGGGUGGCCAGGGUAUGGAGUGGCACUUUUGCUAAGGGGCCAGGCUUUGGGGACUGUUGCCAAAGGUGGAGUCAGGAGGAAAGAUGCUUGUACAUCUGUAGCAAUUUUUAAUGGCCAUCUUCGGCACCGGUGGAAACACACGACCCUGGACACGGGUUCAGAGACCACGGACAAUCCCCAGAGGCUCAGCUCUUGGGCCCUUCUGCUGGGUUUCCACCGAGGGGCAAUCUCAAGUGCCUUAGGCCUAUGGCCACAGAGUUGUGGCUGAGGCCCCGGGGAUGGCAGCAGGGACUCCUGCCGCAGUGACUGCGUAACUGUGUUGUGCCUUAACCACAGAGGUGGUCGCUUCUUUCUGGUAAUAAAGACAAUAUUUAUGUA